GUCGAGGACGGUUUUGAGGGGGGAUCUGCGUCGUUCGACCGCGCCCAAAAGUUGCAGAGACAGACGGUUCGCAGGGGCUCGAGUUUUGUUUCGUCUCACGUCUAAAACUGUCAUUCUAGAGAAGCCCACUGAACCCAAAAGUAGCGGAACAGCACGUUUCGCAUUUUCAAACAUACACAGUUGAAAACACUCGUCGUUCGGGACGCACGACCCCUUGUUUUGCCUUUUCCCUCUCCUUUGCCUCAACACCGACGCAGUUAUCGCUUUGACGCUCGCUUGACGUGCGCCGCCCGUCUGUGUUCCCGAAGUUCAUUCAGAUUUUAAAGCUUUCAUCCAUAGAGAUCCCCAUUCACCCUUUCAUUUACUCUUCGUUGGGUUUUUACAUGAUGCAAAUCCACUUGCUUGUCUACACUAACAAACAGGACACGCGCGUCCUCUUCCCGGGGGUCCUGCCGGUGUCGCUACGGUUUUGGACGCGUUUGCUUUGGAAUUUCUGCACAGUGCCUCACCAUUAAAGAUCUUUCUGUCACGCCGCCUCAUCUAUUGGUGCCGACGAAAUGAAAAACAGCAACCCUCCACCUCCAACUCUGAAAACUGCAACGUGCCCCCCCCCCGGCCAAUGGUUUAUGCCCCCGGCUUUCCUAGCUGCACACCCAGAGACUCAAAUUGAGUUUGCAGACCCACCAUCGAUUUCUUGCAGCAGCUCUGACGAUUGUGAGUCCUCCAGUGGGUCUGCUCCGGUUUUGUGUGCGUCGUACUUUCGUUCAUGACUAUGUUUGUCGCGUUCUUCAGUCUGAAGAAUGGAUUAUUUCUCCGAGCAAAACUUCCAUAUCUGUUUCCCAGUGUUUGUCAGAGCCGACACUUGAGAGAGGAGAGGGAUUGCUCGACGAGAAAGAACGAUGGGUACGGAGUUUCGAACUUCACUUUAAUCAACUGAAUUGAAUAAUACAGGGUUGGAAACGGUGGACCAUCACGAACGCGUCGCAUUCUGCCAGUUUUGCAGAGCGACUUGCCGUUGUUUCGACCCGUGCCCUUCUUGGCGGUUUUCCUUCAAAAAGGCACCAUGAGCUACCAACCAAGAGAGAGGUUCCGAACGACGACUUUCGUCUCGAUUUUAGCCGCUUGCUUCCUUUCUUCCCUCUUGAGUCAAACGACUGUCGCCAUGGAGUGUCGAGAUUUAGAGAAAGCAGGAGUCAUUCCGGAUGUUCUUCCUGCAUCCGCGUGUCACGAGCUGUCUGUGCAGGUUGACAUUGAAUUCCCAAGCGGAUCGCCGACACGUGGAUCUCCCAUGCCUCUGCGUGCAGUCACAGAGUGCCCGAAGAUUAUCCUUUCUCGAAAACCUGAAAAAGGUCAAAAGUUCGUCGUUUUUCUCACUGAUCCAGACGCACCCAGCCGAUUGAAUCCUGUCGCUGCCGAGUGGGCUCACUGGGUGGCGUCUACCGAGGGCACGACGAUUCAGAGCAACUCGAAGACCUUCCUGCCGUACGCACCUCCGACGCCCCCCAAAGGCACCGGCGCUCAUCGUUACGUGGCACUCGUUUACUUGGGCGACACAUCUCGGUUGACGGGUGUUCCUUCUGCUUCGAAGCGAAAGCAGUGGGGAGGGCGCAGGCACGCGCACGCAGUUGCUUCUGAAAACGGUCUCCAGCUCGUGGGUGUCGACUGGUUCACGGUCGAGCACAAAUAGACCGAGCGAACAACACUUGCAGACAAAGACGCCACGAAGCGAAAAAAACGUGCCCGCGAGCCUGGUGCUGCAGAAACAAAUCGCUCUUGGGAUGUGGACACACACACGGAGAGUUACGUUGACGGAAACACGGUGACUGCCGUGACCCUACAAAGCACGACAUGCGGUUGCUUCUUCAUCGAACAGCCGAAGUCAGCGAACAAGUUCGCAAAUGAGUGACAGGCGUCGCGUCUGCAUCUUCUUCUGGUCGCGUGAGAAUAAACUCUGCAGCAGAAAAUCCGGGAACUUCCGUGUUGCUCUGCACACGGCUGAACCACAGCAUGCGGCGCAUCUGACAAGCGCGUGUCGUGGUGUUUGUGUGCGCGUGAAGAGUACGCGCCUUUUUCCAAGAUGAGGACAACUGUGCUCUUGCGCAAAUGUUAUUCCUCCUUUUUAAGCUAAGCAGAGAAAGAGGUGUCUCUGCGUGUCAUGCCCUAUCUCCAGAGUGGGAGGCACGAAGGAGUGCACCAGCAGCACAUUUGAAAGGAAACACGCUUUUGUUACGAUUGCUUCACGCCACCACUUGAUCACGCAUUCGACUGGCUUAGUCAGCUAAAAGUGUUCCAGUUACUUUUGUUGACGUGAAAGGGAUUCGACAUCGGUGCUGAACGCGUUUUUCGAGCUGUGAGUGUCAACCAAGUUAUUUACGACUGGUGGAUCUCCAACCACCUUCUGUGCACGCCUAGACACGAAGACAGACUCGGAAUCAGAAGUCGGCCUUCCUCGCAGUGUUUGCGGCUGUUCAUGCCAAGUUGUUUUCAACCGAAGCAUUCAGGUAUCGCCGCCAUACAAACCUAACUUUCACUCUGUGUUGUCACCCGACACACCAGAACCGUCACCCCGGAUAUAACCACACGCGCAGCCUCCGUGUACAGUUAUCCCCAUGUGAAUUCAUAGGGUCGACGAAUAGAACAGUGUGCUGCUGAAUAUGACGGUAGACAGGGUAAACGAAAACUCAGCGUUCGUAAACUGAGCAGUUCAGUGACAGCGAACCGUACAAGAAUCGUGGCUGUCCCUCUGUGUGCGUCAGUUGGUGUCCCAUGAUGUUUGAAGCGUCCCGGCAAACCAUCCCUUUUCUGCCGAACGCACUCUGCAUCUCCGCCACGUACCUACACAUGAGGAAAAACUGUAACUGAAAGAGGCUCUCGUGCAAGUGUGUGCCUACAAGCGACUCAGAGAAAACUUUGUAGUCUUUCUGCCGGGACGUUCCAGUCAGAGGAAACUGCAGAGCGGAGCGUCUUGCUGCCUCGGUGUGGUAAACAAGGGACUUAAACAAACCUCCGAGAGUCGUCUUGUGGACGCCUCGCUGGAGUUUGCCCUUUCCUCGAAAAUGCAAAAACAAUAUUCACACCCUCUCCAGCUUCUAGUGCACGCACAUGCAAACGUGACGUGCAUCCGGUUGGCUUGCACGCGCCACACAUUCAUGUUCAUAGAUGCGUGAAUACAUUUACAUACAUAAGCAUAGUUACAUAUAUAUGCAGGUAAG